AUGACUGCAUUACCUCCAGUAUACUCAUUUCCGCCACUAUAUACACGUCAACCCAAUUCUUUGACCAGGAGGCAACAAAUAAGUACGUGGAUAGACAUCAUAUCACAAUAUUGCAAGUGCAAAAAAAUUUGGUACAUGUCUGCCGACGGGGCUGUAGUCAAUGACAAUUCAUUAGAUAGUGGAAACACAGAUAAUGACGAUUCAAAAAAAGUAUCAAAAAAUCUUUUUAAUAAUGAAGACAUCCAAAGGUCUGUUUCACAGGUAUUCAUCGACGAAAUUUGGUCGCAAAUGGCCAAAGAAGGUAAGUGUUUACCUAUUGAUCAAAGCGGUAGGAAAAGUAACAAUACCACCACUACGAGAUAUUUUAUACUCUGGAAGAGCUUAGAUAACUGGGCUUCUUUGAUAUUGCAGUGGUUCGAAGACUCUGGGAAACUGAACCAAGUCAUUACGUUAUAUGAAUUAAGCGAAGGUGAUGAAACAUUCAGUUGGGAGUUCCACGGAAUGCCCGAAAACUUGCUAUAUUACUGUUUGAAGCCUCUCUGCGAUAGAAAUAGGGCUUCAAUGCUGAAAGAUGAGAAUGAUAAAGUGAUUGCCAUUAAGGUUGUUUAA